UUGCAUUAGAUUUUUUUUUAUAGGGAAAUAAUACGAAACAUACUUUUAUAUAAAAAUCUUCUAACAUAAAUAUUUGUGCUGCUGCAAAUGUAAAUAGCUAUACCACAUGGAUUUUUUUUUUUUUCCCCCCCUAAUGUACUGAUUGAGGUGAAAGAAAAACUAUGCAUAAAAUCAUCUACUCCAAAUUUUGGAACCUGGUCUCUGCAGUUUGUACGGAGAAAUGCACCAUGUUGGGACAUACAAGUUGCAAAGGGAGGACUUGGAAGAUCGUCGAGGAGUCAAGGAUGUGGCUUAAUGCAUGUGAUCUAGUCCCAGUUCACAAAGCAAACAUCCUGCCCCCACUGAUGAUCAUCAGGUCACAGUGACCUGAGCUUCUAAUUAUUGCAGCAUUGUAUUGUUUGAUGUGUAACCAGGUGGGCAUGAUGUGUAUAUACAACCUGCUGUCAAAAAGUUGAGGCAGGGGUGUCCCUGGACUGAGCCUGGAUCGGGCGCCUGGCCAGACUGUCUGCUUCUCCCUCGCAACCCUCCGUGUGGUUACUGGGGCUCCCCGUGCAGAUUGCACUGAACUGUUUCCAAAUACUAAGAUCUUGAGCUGUAGAGAUUGAUCUUGAGUGAAACAUCUUCCAGAAUGAGAAAGAAGAGGAAGAUGGCUUGCAUCUACAUCUGUGAAGAGAACUUCACAUUUGAAAAUGCUUCCAAACAAUUUGCUGAAGAAGUCUUGAAAGCACACAAUGACUACAGGAAGAAACACGGAGUCCCCCCAUUAAAACUCUGCAAGAAGUUAAACAGAGGAGCCCAACAGUACGCAGAAGAACUGGCUACCACGAGGGUGCUCAAACACAGCUCCGAGUCUGCUAAUGGAAAAUGUGGAGAAAACCUAGCGUGGGCAUCCUAUGACCAACCAGGAUUGAAUGUCUUGCUGAGAAAAUUAAGCUACAUCCUCUUUUGUUCUGUAAAACACUUCACCGGGAUCACUCACAGUACCAGAAUGAGAAAGCUAGUUCUUCAAAGAAAGUUAUUCUCUUGUCUGGGCUUAGUCUUCAUCUCUGUGGAGCUGGUUCAUUCUUCCUCUUUUUCUCAUAUAGUUCCCUUUGGAUAGUUAAUUUGUACCCUGCUCAAUGAGGCUGAAAUUUGUAUUAAGGCAUCCAUUCACGGGCUUAACAAAGGCCAGCAGUGUCUUCCGGUUUCUUUCCCAGAUAAAGCAAAACUCAAUAAACCUCCAGCAUACUCUGUAGUCUCUCUAAGAAAGUGAUGCUGCCAUUUAUUUUGGCUCUUAGUGGGUUCUGUAAUAAUGCCAGAUGUAUUUCUUGUUUCAGAGAAGAUUUAAGCUUUCAACAGUAAGAGCCUUCUAGUUUGACCCCUCUCCUAGUACAAGAAUACCUUGAAUUGUAUUCAGGAUUUUAGAGUUACAUAGCCUAAAGCUGUCACUGGAAAUACGUUUAUCCCUAUAAUCCAAGAAGUAGUUGUCAGCUGUUUCCUCCCUCCAGUCCUGCAGGAACUGCUCCGUGGCAGACUUCUCUUUGUCUGUGUUCAAAUAAGUGAGCUGUCAUCUGCCACUAAUGCGAGAGACCGCAGCCUGCCUUAGCAGCUGUAGUAUGCCAGGCUUCUCGGGAUGCCUCAUCUCAUUUCUCGCGUGUUGGGAGGCCGAAGGCAAGCACUGGGCGACUUAAGUUCUGCUUGGGAUGGCUGGUGUGGUUGUGAAGAACGUGCCACGUUGCCUGUGAAAACACUGCAGCUUAUGAACUCUAGAGAGUUCCUAAGGAAAAUUCACUGUAUGUUAUCACCCAAAUCUGUUAUGGGAGGAACCUGGGUCUGCUGACAGAUCAGGAUCAGUGGGCAGAGCGGCACAGACACCCUCUGCCCCAGCCCUGGAGCAGCAUGCUCUGACAGAGAGCCUGACUCCAUGCACCUCUUGCUGCCUAACACCAGGCUUUUACAGUACUGUUAAAUAAAAAUAAAGCAAACCAAAAUAAGGACCUGCAUGAGGAACACUGGAAGUAAAGGAUUACUUCCUAAAACCAUUAGUAUGACUUCAAUCUAGGUAGCAAUUUUAUUUCUGAGGCAGGUUUAAAACUACGCCUACCUUCUUUCCUCGCAGACUGGUGGAAGGAAGGUUGUGAUGACAAAAACUAGAAAAAAUUUGAGAAAAAUUGUGAGGUUUGGGAUAUCUAGUUUUUAAAUAUCAUGGAAUCAUAGAAUGUUUUGGGUUGGAAGAGGCCUUUAGAGGCCAUCUAGUCCAACCUCCCU